AUGCAUUUUACUCCCUCACUACUCAUCGCGGGCCUGGCCACUUUGGCUUCGGUCUCGGCACAGUCGUCCAGCUUCAAGCCUGUGCGACCACCUGCGAUUCCCUUGGCCGUCAAAUCGCCAUAUAUGAGCACUUGGCAGCAAGCGGGCGGACCAGGAAAUGGAGGUUACCUCGCUGGGCAAUGGCCUACCUUCUGGCAGGGUCAAGUCACCGCAUGGACUGGCAUGAUACGCGUGGACAAUGCAACAUACACCUGGAUGGGAGAWCCGAACCCUUCACCAAGCUACGUCGUUCAGACUGGCUAUGAAUACACGUCUACCCGAUCUAUAUUCACUUUGACCGCCGGACCAGUACAGAUGAAAGUCACAUUUCUUUCCGGCGUAACUCCAGACGAUCUUUUGCGAUCUUCCUUGCCCUACAGCUACAUGGAUGUUGAGGUCACAUCGACCGACGGUGCUCAACACAGCGUGCAACUCUAUUCGGACAUCUCCGCCGAAUGGGUUUCCGGCGAUCGUAGCGCAACAGCGCAAUGGGAGUACGGCAACAUUGCUGCGCAGUCACAAGCCAGUCCAAAGGCCUUUUCCCCAGCGAUCAGCGCGGUGUCAACUUUCCAAAGGGCCACCACAUAUGCCACUCAGACUGCCUUCACUGCCGUUCCAGUCGUGGCUCACACCCAGAGGCCGAUAUAUGCAAGCGGUCAGGGAGAGCGACCGACCCCAUCCCAGGACGCUGCUCAAGCCACCUACUCGCCGAUCAAGAUCAACGCUGUUACAGCCUCAGACGGUAUUGCUUACCACAAAGUCUACCGACAGCAGCAACUGGAGUUUAGUCAAGUAACGGAGCAGGCGGAGUGGGGCAAUUGGUACUUUGCGACGAAGAACACCACCGGCCUGACGUUCCAGUCUGGCGCGGACAUCGAUGUACGAGGCAACUUCAUGAGAAGUGGUGUUUUGCCCAACUCGCAGGACACAAACUAUCGUCCUAUCAACCAACAGUAUCCCGUAUUUGGAUACGCAGUUGAUCUCGGUCAAGUCGGUUCCGAGGCUCAAAACACACUCUUUCAAAUGAGUCUCCAUCAAGAGAACUGCAUUCAAUUCCAAGGUGAAGGAGGUGUCGUUUCGAAGUUGCCAUGCAUGUGGACCAACUACUUCUCAAAGGAGACGGAUGCACUUGAAUUCUUCUACAACGACUACUCAACCGCGAGCUCAAUGGCCUCUAGUCUGGAUUCUCAAAUCUCAAGCGAUUCUGCAGCCGCAGGCGGCGCAAACUACGCCACUUUGACCUCUCUCGCAACACGACAGGCUUUUGCCGCCAUCUCAUACGUCAACACGCCUGCCGAACCCCUGUUAUUCAUGAAAGAGAUCUCCUCUGACGGCAACGUCAACACCGUGGACGUCAUCUUCCCAUUCCAUCCCAUCGCGAUAUWCGCAAACGUUACCCUUCUUAAAUGGCUUCUCGAUCCUCUAUUCAUCAACCAAGAAGGAGGGAACUGGCCCAACAAGUAUUCCAUCCAUGACAUUGGUGCCAACUUCCCAAACGCCACAGGCCAUUCAGAUGGCCAAGCAGAAGCUCAACCGUUGGAAGAAUGCGGCAACAUGUUGAUCAUGACUCUCGCAUACGCACAGCGUGCAAACGACAACGCCUAUCUGACCCAGCACUACCAAAUCCUCAAACAGUGGACUGGAUACCUCAUUGACGAAGCCUUGAUCCCCGCCGACCAAAUCUCCACCGACGACUUUGCCGGUUCAGCAGUCAACCAGACCAAUCUCGCAAUCAAAGGUAUAAUCGGGAUAGAAGCCAUGGCCCAGAUCGCCAACAGGACAGGCAAUGCAGCAGAUGGCGCAAACUACACGGCCAUCGCCCACGACUACAUUACCAAAUGGCAGCAACUGGGAAUCAACUACGAUGCCAACCCACCGCACACCACCUUCCAAUACGGAAAUCAAGAAUCCUACUCCCUCCUCUACAACCUCUUUGGAGAUAGAGAGUUGGGUCUGGAAUUGGUCCCGCAAAGCGUCUAUGACAUGCAAAGCACCUUUUACGCCACGAAAUUCAAGAAAUACGGUGUACCUCUCGACACCCGCCAUCCAGAUGGCUACACCAAGAAUGAUUGGGAGAUGUUCUGCGCCGCAAUAGCCAGCCCCGAGACGAGGGACAUGUUCACCGCCGCGAUAGUGAAAUGGGUCGGGGAGACGACGACCAACUUUGCGUUUACGGAUCUUUAUGGCUCAGAUGAGACGGGAUACCCGGGCAUCACAUUUAUCGAUCGCCCGGUAGUCGGUGGCUUAUUUGCGAUUUUGGCUUUGAAUGGCGCGCCGGAGAGUGGGUAUGUUACUCCUUCGUGA